UAUAAAUUGAAAUUGUAAUUUUGGUCCUUAAUUCAUUCAGAGAGAGAGAAAAGGAGGGUGAAAGGGAAGGGGAGCCAAGCCCUGUUCUGUGUACAUGGAAUCCUUUCUCUGCUUUACUCUUGUUGCCACCUUAAUUUUGACCAUAUCACAUGUUGAUGAUUAUAAUUGUACCUGAACUUUAUUUUUAUUAUUAUUAUUUUUUUGGCUGCGCCAUGUGACUUGCAGGAUCUUAGUUCCCCAACCCGUGCCCCCUGCAGUGGAAACACGGAGUCCUAACCACUGGGCUGCCAGAGAAUUCCCUAUAAUUGUACCCGAAUUUUAUUCAUUCUCUCCCUCCCAGUGAUUCCCACCUCAGUGAUGCAGUGAUCUUCCACAUCAGUUUGUCUUUGGUAACUCCCCUUCUUAAAUACUGUGAUGGAGUCCCCAUUGCAUGUAUGAAAAACCCUUUGUUUGUCCUAUGAUCUGACCUCUCUCUCUCUCUCUCUCUCUCUCUCUCACACACACACAUAUCCCCUUAUACUCUAUACUGUCAUUCCCUACUGUCAUACAUUUGCAAUUCCUACCAGAUUUUCCUUGCCUUUGCUCAGGCCAUGCCUCUUGAUAGGAAUAUCCUUCAAACAUCAGAACAAUUUAUUUUUCAUGAUUCUGCUGACAUGUAACCUCCAAUGAGGCUUAACUUGACAUCAGGAUGUUGAAUUUGACUGCUGUCUUGUGUCUGUUCUGUACUUAAACGUACUCCCGUCAUAGCCUUCAGUGUAUUGUUACCACACAGCAGUCUCUUACAUUCAUCUCACUCCACCAGACUACAAACGCCCUAGAACAGAAGCAAUGUGACAUUGAGCUUCAACCCCAAGCACCAUGCAGAACACCAGUGACGUACCUGGUCUUCCGUAGAUGCUUGCUCACUGGAUGGAUGGAUGGAUGAAUGGGUGAAUAGAGAUCCAGAAGUGAGAUAUUUUCUAAUGAUCUUUUUUUUUCUCUCCCACGAAAUGUCGUACAAAGUUAGGGGCAUGCUAAGCUUCCUAUAUAACUUAACAUGGGGAAACCUGACCUCCGAAGGUGGUAAGAUCCAUCUCCUCUACACCUUUGCCAUAAUACUCUGUGCUGAGCACUCCAGUUUAAUCAGGAGUGUGCUGUUCCAGGGGUCGUUAUCAUUCAGAGACGUGGCUGUGGGCUUCACCCGUAAGGAGUGGCAGCAGCUGGACCCUACGCAGAGGACCCUGUACCGGGAUGUGAUGCUGGAGAACUACAGCCACCUGGUCUCCGUGGGGUGUCAAGUCACCAAACCAGCUGUGAUCUCCAGGUUGGAGCAGGGGCAAGAACCGUGGAUGAAGGAGGAAGAGAUCCUCAGAUGGAGCUUUCCAGAAGUUUUGCAAGUUGAUACCCAAGUAGAGAGACAACGGGAACACCAAAACAAACUUUUGAAGCAAGCUGCACUCCUAGACAAGAAAAAAUUGACCACAGAAGGGCAAAACGCAUGUAACACAGUCGGAAAAAACACCUGUCAGAACACAAACGUCGUUUCUUCAGGACAACAGGUCCCUAAGUGCGAGUCAUGUGGAGCAGCCUUGCCGGGUAAUGCAGGCGUUACUCCUAACGCGUACCUUGCAAGAAGGAGAUUUGAAUAUGAUGCACAGGGGAACUUAUUUCUCUAUUCUAAGCUGGAAACUCCACAUUCUGGGGCACACCCACGUGAAUGUAACCAAUGUAGAAAUGCUUUAAGCCAUGACCAAGCCCUUAAUGCUGAUCAGAGAACCGACAGUAACGAGAAACCCCACAAAUGUACCAAAUGUGGGAAAGGCUUCUCCCAUAAAUCAGAAAUCAUCACCCAUCAGAGAGUCCACAGGGAUGAGAAGUCCUCUGGAUGCAAUGACCAGGGGGAUGGCCUGAGGGAGGAGAAGGUUUGCCUCAGCAAAAAACGUCCGGGAAACCACACAGACGAGAAACCCGGCGGAAAUGGCAAAUGCGGUAAAAGGCUCUCCCCAGAAACAAGCCUCUCCAUACCCGAGGCCAUUCUGGCUGGAGAGAAGCCUUAUAAGUGUUCAGACUGUGAGAAAAUCUUCUCCCACAAGUCACGUCUCAUCGAACACCACAGAUCCCACACGGGAGAGAAACCCUAUGGCUGCGAAGAAUGUGGGAAAUCUUUCUCCCGGAAGUCAUGCCUCAUUAUCCACUACAGAAUCCACACAGGAGAGAAGCCCUAUGGCUGCAGCCAGUGUGGGAAAGCCUUCUUCCAGAAGUCACACCUCAUCCUUCACCAGAGGACUCACACUGGAGAGAAACCCUACGAGUGCAGCGAAUGCGGGAAGGCUUUCUCCCAAAACUCCUGCCUCAUCAUACACAAGAGAACCCAUAUGGGCAAGAAGCCCUAUGAAUGCUCUGACUGUGGGAAAACGUUCUCCCAGAAGGCGAACCUCAUCAGACACCACAGAAUUCACACCAGGGAGAAACUGUACGGAUAAAGUGAGAGAGAAGUUUUCAUCAGGAAUUCCCAACACAUCUAGGAAUGAAAACCCUGUGGAUUUUGUGAACAUGGAAAAUCCUUCAGCAAGAAGUCCAAUGCCACUGUGGGCAGACCUUCCUACCAACUUGGAGAACUAGGAAAUGCUUAUUCUCUUAAAACUAAGGAUAGAAGGGUAAUGAUGCUCUAGAGAGAUCUAUUUUUAUAGGAUAAACUUAAACUUAACUAUGAAGUGUAUCUGUGUCUACAUUAACUGUGGCUAUUGAGCUGUAAGUGAAUAAUUUAAACCAUUAAUAUAACAGACUGAAUAAGCCACAGAACAAUGCCAGGGGUAUGCGGGGACUAUGUUCCUGGAGAUGCUACAUAAACAGAAUUUUAUUUUACUUAUUUUUGAACUGCAUUUGUAGUUGAACAUAAUUGUGAACUUGUAGACACAGAUACCAUAAUAUGUAGGAUGACAUCUAUCAAGAGUUUCCACACUAAAUUACACCCUUUUGUCUUUAAUAUAUGUUAUAACUGGGAUUUACUACUCAACCGGAAGUCCAUACACCGUACCACACACCAUUUGGUUUUUUCUUUGCUGGCAAGUAUUACAGAGCCCCCCUGGAUCUGGAAACCAGCAAUUUCAUGACAUCCCCUGAUCUCUCUCCAUCAACUAGUUUAUAAGUCAUGUUAAAUGAGUAAGGUUGGGACUCCCUUUUCUGGCAGUAUAGUGGACCACCUAAAGUGAAAAAUGUUCCACUGUAAACCACUUGAAAUUAUGGACAAUAACAGGUGACAUUCUUUUAAAUGCAUAAUUCAGCUUGCAAGAAAAUCAGUGAGGUUUCCAGGUGCCAGUUCCAGAGGGAACUGAAAAGUGUGUGAGUUGAUGCUGUAAGCUUCCCUGUAGGUUUGUUUACCCAGAAGCUUGGGUGUUAAAAGCUAUAGGCAGAAGGCUUGGCACUGAAAUACCUCAUAAAUUGAGAAAUUUCAAAAGCCUGUACAUAUAGGGAAAGGAUGGACCAGAGAAAAACCUGCUCAUUUGCUCAGGAAGCUUGCCUGUCUUUCCCUGGACUCUGGUAGGGAAAGAAUUUACCCUGAUGAUUCACAAGCUGUGACCUGCACCUCUUACGAGUUAGAAUUGUGAAUUUGCUCUACUCGUGCCCCAGUUGAAAAACUGAACAAUUAACAUAGAAAUUUGUCCUGGUCUUUGAAGCAACUUUACAGAAGCAAACACAAACUAUUCUUGGAGAAAGACACCCUCAACCUGUGUUUCCCAGGGUUCUGACAUACAAACCCAAGAUGAGGUCAUAAUCUAGAAUUAUAAAAUGUGAAGAAAGUCAACAGACAUUUUAACAAAAUAAAAACCUCAAGUCUUUUAAGGUGAUAGAAAAAUCUGAAAUUCUAUAAAAAUGACUGUCUUGAAAAAUGAUGAAAAAAAAUCAAAACUGCAUGAAAGCAGACACAAAGAAAGAUAACUGGCUUAUUUGGAAAAAGAACCACAUAGCGUGUCUAGAAAUGAAAAAUAUAGUCACUGAAAUUUAAAACUCAACGUUAAAAUAUUCUACAUGUCAAACAGAUUAUACUCAGCUGAAGAAGAUGGGAACAGAAAGGCAGAACCAUAAGCCAAUUCACAGAAUUCAGUAUAUAGAGAGGUGGAAAAUGUGAAAGAAUGGGGGAAGAGACAUACAAAUGAGAAGAGCAGGCACUUCCCUGGCGUCCAGUGGUUAAGACUCCAAGCUUCCACUGCAGGGGGCACGGGUUCGAUCCCUGGCCAGGGAACUAAGAUCCUGCACGCUGCAAAGCACGGCCAAAAAUACUAAAAACAAAACAAAAAAACAGAGAGAAGAGCAAACAGGAGCUCCUUAAAGACAAAAUGAAAAAAACGGAAGAAAAGUAAAUAUUCAAAGAUGUAUUGGCUCAGAUUUAACAAAAGAUGUGCAUUAACAUGCAUAUGUGUGUGAAAUAUAUAUGUAUAUAUAUAUGCAUAUAUAGACAUGCAAUAUAUGCCUAGCUGAAUAACUAAAAAUAAGUUCACAUCUAGAUGUACUUGAUGUAUAUCCGUCCAGAGUCUAGCUAAGCUGCUCUCUAGUAUUGCUGCCUCAUCCAUCGUGUUUGGUCAGAUGGCUGCAGGAACCUUAAGCUGACACAAGCCCCUCGUGCAAGGACAUGCCCUAUAGCAGCCGCUCGGCCACAAGCAGAUGUAAGUCCCUGGAGUGACUGCCCCGCAGCCCUUGUGAUCAGUAGCUCACCUGCCUCCCAGUGCCUGUAAGCUUUACGCACCCCUUAGCCAGGAGCCCCGUGAGCUUACCAAAACCCUGCUCUUUGGGUUUGGAUUGAUCAAUCUGGUCCUAACCUAGAAACCCCAGAGCACUCCCCCGUGGACCCUAAUAAAGGGAUGUGUGCCAAGUCCAGUCCCUGUCUGCACUCCGCCUUGACCCCCCCCGGGGCCCCUCCCAGUGUGCUGUGUGCUUGGUCCAGGCCCUGUGAGUAAUAAACUUGCCGAUUUCGAUUUCUCCGUGGUCUGUUGCUGAACCCACUCAUCGUCCUGCACCCUGUGCUCCACUUAACAAGUGUUAAUUUCACGAAGUCUUCACAGUUGGGAACAGGAUGGUAGAGUCUUGCAAUUGGCUGGUGGAGAAAUGCCUUUGGCUGGCAAACGGGCUGUGGCUGUGUCUCCCACAGGUUGCUGCCCCGUGGAGGGUGAACUCCCCCAGUGGGUGUUACACUUUGGGUGUACUUCCCCACUCCAGGCACAGACCCAGCUGCUGACUGUUAGGAGACUUGGCCCCGGUUUCCAAAAGGUCCUGUCGGGGCAGGUGAGGGCUGAGAUGCACCCUGCCAUGAGCACUCAGCCACCACCGACUCACCAAAGCACUGGUUCUAGGCUCCGAGGUCCCAGCUCCGGUGAUCCUGCUGCCUCUGCGCUGGUGGGGGUGAGCCCGAUCCCAGUGAGGCUGAUUGGGACACCCUGAGGGGAAGCAGCUGCCUAUGAGUCCGGCUGCCCGGGAUUCCACUGCAGACCUUUAUGGUAACAUCCCCAAGGCCAAGUCAGUUGUCAGCGUGGCGGGUAAUAGAGAAUUAGAAGCUGAAACUUGGAACUGUAUUGCAUCUUCGAAAGUUGCUGAGUGAGUGAAUCUUGAAAGUUCUUAUCACAAGAAAAUAAAAUUUGGCAGUUACAUGAAGUGAUGUUCACUACAGUCAUGACGGUGAUCAUUUCGCAAUGUACACAGGUCGCGAAUCAUUGUGUUGUACUACCUGAAACCAAUAGGAUGUUAUGUGUCAAUUAUCUCUCAAUACAUAAAUAAACUGAAACUUGAAACUUGA